AAUCAUACAAUGGAAAUUGUUUACGUUUAUACAAAAAAACGAGCCGAAUUUGGAAAGCAAUGCAACUUUUCUGAUAGAACUGCAGAACUUCUUGUGGAUAUAGCGCCAGAUCCAGAAUUAGCACAAAACUUUAUUAUAAAGAAUCCUAUCGACAGAUCUGUGCAGUGCUCACAAGAAAUGUCAGAACAUGAAAUAAACACGGAAAGAUAUUCUUCUGAUUCUAAAGGGAUAAACCACACUGAAGGAGGCUGGCCUAAAGAUGUAAAUCCUCAAGAACAAGAUCAAGUUAUACGUUUUCGAAAGAAAGUUGAAAAAGAUGAGGCAUACACAAGUACUAUUCAAUCUCUUGGUCAAUUAAUGGAACACUGCAUUAAGCAAAAUAACUCACUGAAUAUAUAUGAAAACUAUUUUGACGAUAUUGGUGUAGAAGCAUCCGAGGAACCACCAUCUGCUAAAACAAUUAAUGUACUAAGAGAUCCGAAUGAGAUAAAGCGAACAGCUACACACAUCUCUUGGUUCCCAGAUGGCCCUUCAAAGUUAGCUGUGGCCUACUGUAACACAGAAUUCCAAGCUUCUCCACCAAAUACUUCAAAUGAUUCAUAUAUAUGGGAUGUUCUUAAUCCUAACAAACCAGAACUUAUCUUGAAGCCACUUUCUCCUCUUGUGUGCAUUGAAUAUAAUCCAAAGGAUUCACACACUCUAAUAGGAGGAUGUUAUAAUGGUCAAAUAGCUGUAUGGGACAGACGUAAGGGCUCACAACCUGUUGAAGUUUCUCCUGUUGAGCAAAGUCACAGAGAUCCAGCCUGGAAAGUUAUUUGGAUACAGUCUAAAACGGGAACUGAAUGCUUCUCAACAAGUACUGAUGGACAAGUACUUUGGUGGGAUGUGCGAAAAAUGGCAGAACCUACUGAAAUAUUAUAUCUUGAUCCUACUAAGAAGCAAGAUAUAAAAAGUGCUAUUGGAGCUUAUUCUCUUGAAUAUGAAUCCACCAUUCCAACAAAAUUUAUGGCUGGAACCGAGCAAGGAUUAAUUAUAUCAUGUAACCGAAAGGGCAAGUCUCCUGCUGAAAAAAUUGCUGCUGUUUACCCUGGUCAUUUAGGCCCAGUUUAUGCACUACAAAGAAAUCCAUUCUUUCCUAAAAACUUUCUUAGUGUAGGAGAUUGGACAGUACGCAUUUGGUCUGAAGACAUUAAGGAUUCUCCUAUUAUGUGGACUAAGUUCCAUCAACAUAAUCUGUCAGAUGGUUGUUGGAGUCCGGUUAGGCCUGGCGUAUUUUUCACAACAAGACUUGAUGGGGCUCUAGAUGCUUGGGAUAUAAUAUUCAAACAGAGAGAACCGACUUUAAGCAUACAGGCUAAGUAA